GGAAGAUGUGGCUGAAGCUAUUCUUCCUGCUCCUCUAUUUUCUGGUCCUGUUCGUCCUGGCCAGGUUUUUUGAGGCCAUUGUGUGGUAUGAAACUGGCAUCUUGGCCACCCAGCUGGUGGAUCCGGUGGCGCUGAGCUUCAAGAAGCUGAAGACCAUUCUGGAGUGCCGGGGGUUGGGAUAUUCAGGGCUGCCCGAGAAGAAGGAUGUCCGGGAGCUGGUGGAGAAGUCAGGUGACUUGAUGGAAGGUGAGCUCUAUUCUGCCCUCAAGGAAGAAGAAGCAUCUGAAUCCGUUUCUAGUACCAAUUUCAGUGGUGAAAUGCACUUCUAUGAGCUUGUAGAAGACACAAAGGAUGGCAUCUGGCUGGUUCAGGUCAUAGCAAAUGACAGAAGUCCCUUGGUUGGUAAAAUCCACUGGGAGAAAAUGGUGAAAAAGGUGUCAAGAUUUGGAAUACGAACAGGCACUUUUAAUUGUUCCAGUGACCCCAGAUACUGCAGGAGAAGAGGCUGGGUACGAUCCACACUCAUUAUGUCUGUCCCACAAACAAGCACUUCUAAGGGGAAAGUCAUGCUUAAAGAAUAUAGUGGACGCAAAAUUGAAGUAGAGCACAUUUUUAAGUGGAUAACUGCUCACGCAGCAUCUCGGAUCAAAACCAUUUAUAAUGCUGAACAUUUGAAAGAAGAAUGGAAUAAAAGUGAUCAGUAUUGGGUAAAAAUAUACCUAUUUGCAAACCUUGACCAACCCCCAGCUUUCUUCUCUGCACUAAGUAUAAAGUUUACUGGAAGAGUUGAGUUUAUUUUUGUUAAUGUGGAAAAUUGGGACAAUAAGAGUUACAUGACAGAUAUUGGUGUAUAUAACAUGCCGUCAUACAUUCUUAGAACUCCUGAAGGAAUUUACAGAUACGGAAACCACACAGGUGAAUUUAUAUCCCUUCAGGCCAUGGAUUCAUUUUUGCGCUCAUUGCAACCUGAAGUAAAUGAUCUGUUUGUUUUGAGCUUGGUUCUAGUUAAUCUUAUGGCUUGGAUGGACUUAUUUAUCACACAAGGAGCAACCAUAAAGCGAUUUGUGGUUCUCAUAAGCACUUUAGGGACAUAUAAUUCUCUAUUAAUUAUUUCCUGGCUACCUGUGUUGGGCUUUUUACAGCUCCCUUACCUAGAUAGCUUUUAUGAAUAUAGCUUAAAAUUGUUGCGAUAUUCCAAUACAACCACACUGGCUUCAUGGGUGAGGGCAGACUGGAUGUUCUAUUCUUCACACCCAGCCCUGUUUCUCAGUACGUACCUUGGACAUGGUUUACUAAUCGAUUACUUUGAGAAGAAGAGACGGCGCAACAACAACAAUGAUGAAGUCAAUGCCAAUAACUUAGAAUGGUUAUCAAGUCUGUGGGACUGGUACACCAGCUACCUCUUCCACCCGAUUGCUUCUUUUCAGAACUUUCCUGUAGAAUCUGAUUGGGACGAAGACCCUGACUUAUUCUUGGAGCGCUUAGCUUUCCCUGACCUUUGGCUUCACCCUCUGAUACCAACUGAUUACAUUAAAAAUUUGCCAAUGUGGCGAUUUAAAUGUCUUGGAGUCCAGUCUGAAGAGGAAAUGUCGGAGGGUUCUCAAGAUAUUGAAAAUGACUCAGAUAGCGAGAGCACAGACACUUUUAGCAGUGAAAAGGAAGUAUUUGAAGAUAAGCAAAGCAUAGUUCACAAUUCUCCAGGAGGAGCAAGUCACUGUGAUGCUGAGGCUUGUUCAUGUGCCAAUAAAUAUUGUCAGACCAGCCCGUAUGAAAGGAAGGGGAGGUCAUAUGGAUCAUAUAAUACUAAUGAAGAUAUGGAACCUGAUUGGUUAACUUGGCCUGCUGAUAUGCUGCACUGUACUGAAUGUGUUGUUUGCCUAGAGAAUUUUGAAGAUGGAUGUUUGCUAAUGGGGUUGCCUUGUGGUCAUGUGUUCCAUCAGAAUUGCAUUGUGAUGUGGUUGGCUGGAGGCCGACACUGUUGCCCUGUUUGCCGGUGGCCUUCUUAUAAAAAAAAGCAGCCAUAUGCACAACACCAGCCCUUGUCAAAUGAUGUCCCAUCUUAACUAUGUGCAAUUUGUCCUUUAUAAGCUUUGAGUAUCUUACAGCUUGCCUUUUUAAUGUUAGUCACAAUGUUUUUGUGGUUUGAAGUUUAGUUUAAUGUUAGUGCAGUGACAGGAAAUACACAUUAUGCUAAUGUUGAUGACAAUUACUUGGUUGCCUUGUGUGUCAAUUGAAUGCAUACUUAAUUGUAAAAAUUUUUAUUUACAACAUUGGAAAUUCAAGAAGUUAAUGUUUUUUGUAAGCACAAAAGAAGUAUGAUAGAAACUUAUCCUAGCAAGACUUUACAAGGUAGGAUCAAAUUCUAAUGGAAUUGAGGCAGUUUCUUAUCCUAAAUGUUUCCUCCCUUUUUACAAUCUCUGUCCAGCACCUCUUGGUUAAAUAAUGUAUGCUCUGAGACAUGAAAUUAAAACAGACCUAUGAAAUAAAUUAUUUUAAAACCAGAAGAUUACAGCUUUUCCAAUGUUAAAUUGUUUUGAUGAGGUGGCUGAAUGCUAUAGGUGUUUUGCUAGUUUGUUAAUUUUACAGGUAAGUCAGACAUGAUCCUUGACUCAUGAGGAAAAACAAAAAGAUGAAUUAUGUUGCCAAUACUAGCCAGAGGUGGCAUUAAUCAGCCUCUUAGCUUGGUUAGCUUUGAUGGAAAAGAAUUUCAUGGUGGCUCUUUCUUUUUUUUUUUUUUUUUUUUUUAAGUAUUAAGUCAUUUAUGAGUAGUAUAUUCAUCUAAGUUAAAUCAACUAUAGCAUAUUAGCCACACAUUGAUUACUUAUAUUUGUCCUGACUUUGAUUUUUAAAAAUUAUAAAACUACAGAAAAAUUGGAAACCAUACAAUGAGCAUCCAUUUUUCUAAUUCACAAAGUGUAUUUUGUUACCUUUGCUUUAUCUUCUCUAUGUGUGUAUUUAUCUUUUUUCUUUCUUUUCUCUGAAUGUUUUUUGUUUGUUUAUUGCUGAUCCCUUUGAAAAUAAAUGUUAGUCAUCUUAGUACUGCUUUACCACUGAAUAUAUCACCAUGUGUCUCCUAAGAAUAAGAAUUUUUUACCUAACCACUGUACCAUCAUCAUACCCAAGAUAUUUAUUAACAUUGACUCAGUAAUACUUAAUAUAUAAUCCCUACUUCCCACUUGCUCCCAAAAUAUCCUUUAUAUCUUUAUAUGCUUUUGUUUUAUUUUUGUUGUGAACCUCACAUAAGGUUCAUGAAUUGGGUUGGUCUUCCUUUCAUGUUCUCUCUAGAGCAGUUCCUUGCAUGUUUUUUUUUUUUUUUUUUUUUUAGUAGUCUUCCCUGAUAAAUUUUUGAAGUGUAAAAGCUAGUUGGCUUAUAAAAUGUUCUACAUUCUGGAUUUGUCUGUUUCCUCAUGAUUAGAUUUAAAUUAAACAAUAUUGCCUGGGUGAUAUGUACCUCCCAUUUGUAUGUCAUCAGUAGACAUUUUGUAUUAGUUCAUCCCAUUACUGGUGAAGCUAAAUUUGGUUAAAGUAAUAUCUAUCCAUUGUAAGAUACUUUUUCACUUAAGAGGGAACCUGUGAGGCCAUGUGAAUAUCCAGUUUUUUUUUAAAAAAUUAAUUCCAGUGUAGUUAACGUUUAGUGUUAUGUUAGUAACCCAAAGUUUUUAACAUCCACUGAUGAUUAGUCUAAAUCGGGUAUUAAAUAGGAGUUGUAUCAUGGGGAUUUUCUUUUCUUUUUUUUUUUUUUAAGAUUGGUUGAUUUAUUUUAGAGUGAGCGAGAGUGGGGGCGAUGAGGUGGGAUUAGGAGGGGCAGAAGGAGAGAGAGAAUCUCAAGCAGACUCCCCGCUAAGCAUGGAAUCUGACUCAGGGCUCAGUCCCACGACCUUGAGAUCAUGAGCUGAAAUCUAGAGUCAGAUACUCAACUGACUGAGCCAGCCAGUUACCCCAUAACAUGGGGAUUUUCUUUUCUUUUUUUUUUUUUUAAGAUUUUAUUUUUUUGACAGAGAUUACAAGUAGGGGGAGAGGCAGACAGGAGGAAGCAGGCUCCCUGCUCAGAGAGCGAGCCCGAUGUGGGGCUUGAUCCCAGGACCCUGAGAUCAUGACCUGAGCCAAAGGCAGAGGCCUUAACCCACUGAGCCACCCAGGUGCCCCAACAUGGGGAUUUUGUAAUUGCAUCCUUUAUUCUACAUUUUUUAGGUGGCAUUUGUGUGUGUGUAUAUGUAUGAAAAACAGCUAUUUUUCCAUUUUUCUUUCUCACAUACUUUGAAUAUUACUGGACUUACUUUCUUUUUACAGUCAGUGUGUAAAUAUUCAUUAUUCUUUUCUGUUUCCAAAUCAUCCCAAAUCUGGUAAGUGGGAACUCCUCUAGGCCACUCUUCUGUGCUAUUGAUAUAUCCCUUUUAAUCUUGAAGCACUUGCUUGUUUUUUGACCAAAGGUGUUCCAGGCUCAUUUUGUAUUUUCCCCGGCCCAGUGCUGAGAUCGGGUCUGAGUUUCAUGGUGCACUUUUAAAAUCUUUUCUUGACUGUCCUCCAAAAUGGUAAGAAAAUAUAAUUUUCUUAUUCUGAAUUACUGCUGGCUUAUUAGCAGAAACUCUUUUUUCUCCUUCGUGGUAGACUGAAGCUAAUUUUCAUAUGUUAAUGACAAUAUUAAGGACCAGCUAUUACUUAAUGUUUGGGAGUUCUUUUUAUUUUAUUUUAUUUUUUAAAAUAUUUAUUUAUUUGACAGAAAGAGAUCACAACUAGGCAGAGAGGCAGGCAGAGAGAGGGGGAAGCAGGAUCUCUGAUGAGCAGAGAGCCCGAUGCGGGGCUCUAUCCCAGGACCCUGAGAUCAUGACCUGAGCCGAAGCAGAGGCUUAACCCACUGAGCCACCCAGGUGCCUCUGAGAGCUCUUUUUAAAUAAAAAUGCAAACAUUGCUCCUUGUGCUUUUAAUUUUCCUUUUGAAAAAAAGGUAAUCACGUUAUUGUAAAUGUUAGUGUUUCUUAGAGUUCUGCCAUUGGUCCACUGUUCGUUCUUGUUUACUGUGGAUAUCCCCAGUUUACAUGUCCAGACAAAGGCCCCUCCUCAGACCUCCAGUUUUAUAUUCAGCCAUCUGCUGAACAGCCUCUCCUGGAUGCUUUUCAGUACUUAGUAAAACAGCUUUUCAUUGUCUCUCCUACCCCCGGUCCUCUUAGGGUCCCGAUUUCAGUUAGUGGGUCAUAGACCUAUAAUAUUGUCCCAUUAUGAGAUGUACACAAAAGCAUAGACAUUUUAAAAAAACAAUUAAAAUUUCUUUAGCUUCCUAGGGCACAUCAUACUUUGGAGACUACUACCCUAGAAGAUAAACCAAUCUCCUUAAAAUCAGCUUUUAAGGCCCUUCAUGAUCUUCCUGCCUGACUUCUUAGAGACAUUACCACACUCUGGGCUGUUUAUCUCUCCAGGUCCAUGCUCUAGCUUUUCUCAGCUUGCUGCUUUGUUCUUAACCUCUGCCUAAUGUUCUCCACCCCUUCUCUGGUUUGUCUGGCUAGAUCCCACUUUUUUUUUUGUUUAAAGAUUUAUUUAUUUAUUUGACAGAUAGAGAUGACAAGUAGGCAGAGAGGCAAACAGAAAGAGGAGGAAGCAGGCUCCCUGCUGAGCACAGAGCCCAAUGCGGGGCUCGAUCCCAGGACCCUGGGAUCAUGACCUGAGCCGAAAGCAGAGGCUUUAACCCACUGAGCCACCCAGGCGCCCUAUGGCUAGAUCCCACUUUAUCCAGACACCCUCCUACCCAUCUUCCUCCCCACCCCCACCCCAGGCAUAUAAAGAGAUAAAGAUGUCUUUAUACUGAAAGCUCAGCCAGCUGUCCUCUUACUCAAGUGAUCAAACUUAGUAUCACCAGCAGUGGAGCAGAUUGAUAUGUGCCCUUCUUCUAAUCUCAGUGAUACUUGCCCUUUCUUGAUAUGUGCCCUUACAUCCCACUGAUACCUUGCACACAUCUGUCAUACUUAACUGCAUUGUGUUGAAACUAUGCAUGUGCCUCUUUUGGGUGAACUACUUUAAGGUAGCACCUGUGCACUAUUCAUCUAAAUAUCAACAGGGCAGGGCAUAAAAUAAACAUACAUUUAGAAUGUUAGACAUACAGUAAAAACAAUACAAUGAAGUUGAGGAGGAAAUAAUUGCCAGAAGAUCAGAUCUCCAGGGAAGCUUAACUCUUCCCUUAAUUGUUAAGCAUAGCCAAUAGUGCUUUUUGUCAGAUUUUCCUGGAGGCAGUGAAUUGAAGGAAAUAGUCAAGGUUGACUCUACACUUGAACUAUGUUUAAAAAGAAAGUUUGAAUUCAUAGAGCUACCUAUUGAAUUUAAAGAACUAAAUUUUCCAAGUAUGUGGGCUUUGUGGUUACUGAAUUCUGGUUAACUGUAUAAUAGGAUAUAUGAUUGUGUUCUGUUCAGAAGUUUUUCUACAGUCUCCUUUCAUGUUUUUGUGUAAGUCUGCUUUAAGGAUAAGAGAUCCUUGAGGGCAGGAGUAAUGCUAUAAUCUACUGUUAUAGCCUUAACAUGUCAGACCCAGAGUUGAUAUUCAGUAGGUAAUUACUGGCUUGAAUUUUAAAAAUCUAUUUUAAUUUUGCCCUUUGCCAAACUUUUUAUCACCCAUCUAGUGUAGGUAGAAAAGAUAAAUUAUAUUUUUAUUAGUACUGACAAAGACAUCAGUAUUUAUGGCCUGCUCCAAGACAAAAAAAACUUGAGGUUUUUCUUUUUUUAAAUUUUUGUAGUCCCGUACUUCUUUUCGUCUCUAGAAUAUUUGGGAACCUGAAGAUUAUUUAUGUGCUCUUUCUUCUUGCUCCCACAUUUUUCCCCUUGGCCAUUUUAUUGUUACUUUAAAAACUAUCCAAGGGACAAAAGGUAGCAGAGGUGAAGUGUUGGGUCCUUUUUGCUACUGGAUUUGGUUAAAAUUUAGAGAAGAGUGCCUGGGUGGCUCAUUUGUUAAGCGUCUGCCUUGGAUUAUGUCAUGAUCCCAAGGUCCUGAGAUUGAGUCCCACGUCGGGCUUCUUGCUCAGUGGGGAGCCUGCUCCUUCCUCUCCCACUCCCCUUGCUUGUGUUCCCUCUCUCACUGUGUCUCUUUCUGUCAAAUAAAUAAAAUCUUUAAAAAUAAAAUUUAGAGAAUAAAGAAUGGAAAUUUCAUUGUUAAAAUGACAUUUUGAAUCAUCUGUGUUUUAAUCAUUCUAUUCUGGUUCUUGUUGCCAAAAUUUAUUGAUUAAUGAUCAGUUUAGACAAUCUCUUUGCUUAAUUUUUUGUGCCAUCUUCUCAGCCAAAGUUUUUUUUUUCAGCCAAAGUUUUUAUUGACCUGUAUAUAAUAGAUCAUUUUACUUAAUAAUAUCCAUGUGCAACAGGUAGAUGAGAAGGAAUCCCCACUAAAUAGGUGGUCGAAAUUCAGAACAACCAAGAUAGUUAAAGAUGUGACUAGGACACAGCUUCCAAAUCUGAAUGUCUUCAGGGCCCAGUGAAACAGUUUGAGAAGGAGUGAUGGGGGCAACAGUGUGUGUGUGUUUUAAGAGAUGACAUCAGCCAGUCAAAGCUGUGGUGGCUUCUUUAAAACCUCUGGAUAAGAUUCUAUCUUGUUCAAGGCUCUUUCUACGAUUGUUUCACUUAGAAAUAAGUGCAUCUGUGGAAAAGACAAUAGGAAAAGUCUUUUGUCAAAUUUACAUUAUCCUUUAAGCUGAUGCUAAAUUGUAUACUUGUUAUUUACUGUCAAGUUCUCUUAGUUUAUGUGAUGAUGGACUAAAAGGUGCUUUGUAUUAUAUGCUAAACAAAUAGGGCUUGAAUAUUCUCAUAUACAGUCUGUUUUAAAACACACUCUUAGAAUUGACAAUACCUAACUGGAUUUAUAACAUAUUUAUCUAAUAACAAAAAUAAGCUUAAAAGUACAGAGGCACCCAAACAGAUGUCAAAGGUCAGGUACUAUCUGUUUUCUUUUUUUGUUUGUUUUUUAGUUUAUUUUUCUAACUUUAUUGAGAUAAAACUGACAUAUAACAUUGUGUAAGUUUAAGAUGUACAACAUGUUGACUUAAUAAAUAUAUUACAGUUUAA